CGGGUCUUUUUGGUUUCUCUCUCUCUCUCUCUCUUUUGCUCUACGCUUCUUCUUCUCCCUUCUUCUUGUGGGCGUAGAUUUUUAGAGAGAGAAAUUUUUAUUUAAGGGUGAGAAACAAAGGAAAUCUCAGAUCUCGACUUCGGAAGAUUUGACCCGACCCGACCCGACCCGACCCGACCCGACCGCUUAUAAAUCUAAUCUGCUGGUUCCAGAGCACGCUCCUCCUCUUCAUCGGCAACACUUGAAACCAUCAUCAAUCAUCAGAAAACUCUUUUUGUUUGGGUGUUGUUACAAUGGCUGCUACCGCUAAUGCUCCUUCUACUGUCCGUUAUGCACCUGAGGAUCACUCUCUUCCUAAGCCUUGGAAAGGCCUUGUCGAUGAUGGCACUGGCUUCUUGUACUAUUGGAAUCCUGAGACCAAUGUUACUCAGUACGAGAGACCUGCUCCCUCUCAUCCUCCCAAGCUUCCUCCCGUCUCUGUUAGCUCUUCCGUUCAGGUUCACCCUACUCCUAACGGUGCCGCCUAUGCUCCUCCUCGCAAGGCUGAUGAUAAGUAUACUAGACCCUCUGAACAUGGCCCUAAGAUUGACUCUUCCUCCAGGUUUAGUGAGAGUGGCAGGAGUGGACCCCCUUAUUCGAAUGGAGCUGCUAACGGUGUUGGGAAUCCUGCAUAUGGUGCAACAUCUGCCAGAGGUCCUUCUCCUUCAUCAGCUCCCAGAAGUGAACUGUCCCCUGAGGCCUACUCCCGCCGUCAUGAGAUUACUGUCAGUGGGGGCCAAGUACCACCACCUAUAAUGUCCUUUGAAGCUACUGGAUUCCCUCCUGAGCUUCUGCGGGAGGUACUCAGUGCAGGUUUCUCUGCUCCAACUCCAAUUCAAGCUCAGUCAUGGCCAAUUGCUAUUCAAGGUAGGGACAUUGUAGCCAUUGCUAAAACUGGCUCAGGAAAAACUUUGGGUUACUUGAUUCCUGGGUUUAUGCAUCUUCAACGCAUCCGAAAUGAUUCGCGCGCGGGCCCAACAAUCUUGGUGUUGUCUCCAACGAGGGAGCUGGCCACACAAAUCCAAGAAGAAGCUGUUAAAUUUGGGAGGUCAUCAAGAAUUUCGUGUACCUGUUUGUAUGGUGGUGCGCCAAAGGGACCUCAGCUGAGGGAUUUAGAUAGAGGAGCAGAUAUCGUGGUUGCAACUCCUGGGAGAUUGAAUGAUAUCCUUGAAAUGAGGAGAAUUAGUCUGCGUCAAAUAUCUUACCUUGUGCUAGAUGAGGCAGAUAGGAUGUUGGACAUGGGUUUUGAACCACAGAUAAGGAAGAUUGUGAAAGAAAUUCCCACUAAGCGUCAAACCCUUAUGUACACAGCUACGUGGCCAAAGGGAGUUAGGAAAAUUGCAGCUGACUUACUUGUUAACCCUGCUCAAGUCAACAUUGGCAACGUUGACGAGCUUGUGGCUAACAAGUCAAUCACACAGCAUAUUGAAGUGGUAGCACCAAUGGAGAAACAGAGGAGAUUAGAGCAGAUCUUGCGGUCUCAGGAACCAGGCUCAAAGGUGAUCAUAUUCUGCUCGACCAAAAGGAUGUGUGAUCAACUAACACGCAAUAUCACCCGCCAAUUUGGAGCUGCUGCUAUACAUGGAGACAAGUCCCAGCCUGAGAGAGACCAUGUUCUUAAUCAAUUCCGCAGUGGUAGGACUCCGGUUCUUGUUGCAACCGAUGUUGCUGCUCGUGGACUGGACGUUAAGGACAUCAGGGCGGUCGUAAACUAUGAUUUUCCCAAUGGAGUGGAAGACUAUGUUCAUAGAAUCGGAAGAACAGGAAGAGCUGGAGCGACUGGUCAUGCAUUCACAUUCUUUGGUGAUCAAGAUUCAAAACAUGCUUCAGAUCUGAUCAAGAUCUUGGAAGGAGCAAACCAGCAAGUUCCGCAACAGAUCCGUGAAAUGGCUACACGUGGUGGUGGUGGAAUGAAUAAAUACAGUCGCUGGGGUCCCCCUUCUGGAGGCCGUGGUCGUGGUGGCGACUCUGGUUAUGGUGGCAGAGGUGGCGAUUCUGGUUAUGGUGGCAGAGGUGGCUUUGGCUCGCGUGACAGAAGCAGCAACGGAUGGGGAAGGGAGCGUGAAAGGAGCCGUAGCCCUGAGAGAUUCAACAGAGCUCCACCACCGUCUUCCACCGGAUCGCCUCCUCGCAGCUUCCACGAGUCCAUGAUGAAACACAGAUGAAAAGGUAGCCUGAUAAAGCGAGUGAUAGAAGAAUGUGUUAUUGGAGAUAUCCCUUAUUCCUUUGACAUUAUAUAUAUUUUUUGGCCGGUGAAGAAUUUAGAAAAAGAAAAAAAAACAAGACCAAGACACAGUCCCAUUGGAAAAUUUACGUUCAAAACUACAAUUGAUAUCUUAUUGUUUGUAUUUCAUCUGUUUACUCAGACUCAGAGAUUGGUAAGAAUUGUUUUAUUCGAUACGAGUAACCGUUACAUUACUUAUCUUAUGGGAUUUUCUA